UUGGGAACUAUAUCAAAUCUUACAGAACGCCCUUCGCAAGCAGAGAUCGAAACUGCAGCUCGCAAAGCCAAUAUUCACUCGUUCAUUAGUGAACUACCUGAGGGUUACAACACAAGUGUUGGUGAUAAAGGGACACAGCUCUCUGGUGGUCAGAAGCAACGAAUCGCUAUCGCUCGCGCUCUGGUCAGGAGCCCGAAAAUUCUGCUCCUAGAUGAGGCGACCAGCGCUUUGGACACGGAAAGUGAAAAGGUUGUACAAGAGGCGUUGGAUCGAGCUCGUGAAGGUCGUACUUGCAUUGUGAUUGCUCAUCGUAAACAUGCAGAGCUCAUGGCGAAGCGAGGUUUUUACUACGAGCUCACACAAAGACAGACUGUCAAAUCCGCUAAUGAGUGA